AUGGAUUUAUCAGGAGUGGUGCUAAAGUGUGUUGUAGUUGUUCUGGACCCAGUUGUGAAUCAAACAUUCGAACAAUACUUGGAUAACACGAAACCAGGGAUAGUAGAUUCUUUGCACAAGUUGAAAUUUUAUGUAUUAAUGAAAUAUUUAGAGGAUUUAUGUAAAUUUAGGUAUAAAUUACAAAGAACUAAUUCUUGGGGUUACCUACGGAACGGCAGUUUUGACGGCAUGGUAGGGGCUCUGCAGCGUCAUGAAGCAGAUAUCGGUGGUACACCAAUCUUCUACCGUCCAGAUCGCGCCAAGUUCAUCGAUUAUACCACACCAACAUGGCAAUCAAGGCCCUGUUUCAUUCUGCGUCACCCUAAAUACCCUGGUGGUUUUUAUUCUAUUUAUACGAGACCGCUAACAACCACUGUAUGGUACAGUAUUAUUGGUCUCGUUAUUUUAGCUGGUACGAUGCUCUGUGUCAUGUUGAAAUUGAAUCUUCUCAAGGAACCUGGUGAUGAUGAGGAUUCCUCCACAUCCAUGGCCUUUUUAUUCAUAUUUAGCGCUCUCAGCCAACAAGGCACUACCGUUAUAAGAGGCGCAACAUCUAUAAAAGUAUUAACUUUCGUAACUUUUGUAUUUUCUCUUACGUUGUAUCAAUAUUACAAUGCAACAGUUGUUUCGACGCUACUACGAGAGGCGCCGAUCACAAUAAAAACUCUCAAAGACCUGUUGAAUAGCAAUCUUAAGGCGGGGGUAGAAGAUGUGUUGUAUAAUAAAGACUAUUUCAAGCGUACGACCGAUCCGGUAGCCUUAGAAAUUUAUCACCAGAAGAUCGUCAAUAGCCAUCAUUACAAUUUCUUUACGCCUGAAUAUGGUAUGGUUUUGGUGAAACGAGGGGACUUCGCAUUCCACGUGGACAGUGUGACCGCUUAUCGUAUAAUGAGGAAGACGUUCAGCGAAAGGGAAAUAUGCGACGCCCAUGAGAUCCAGCUGUUCCCGCCGCAGAAUAUGGUCGCUGCUUUACCUAAAAAUUCACCUUAUAAAGAACAUGUUACUAUUGGAAUAAGGAAAAUCUAUGAAGCUGGUUUAAUGCAUAGAUUAAAAUCAGUGUGGGACGAACCGAAGCCUCCUUGUGUUCGCACUCCAGAUGCCAGCAUAUUUUCCGUCAACAUAAGAGAAUUUUCUAUGGCUUUAGUACUUCUUGCUUUCGGUAUCGCUUUAUCCGUGGCGAUACUGAUCGGAGAGAUAAUAUUUUACCGAACUAAUAUAAAACGUAUAGAAUUUAGACUUUAA